GUUCUCGUCAGCACUGACACAGCACAUCCACCACACAGAUCCGAAGCGCCGGCCUUUCACCCACACUCACCUGCACCUUCCCCAGAUCCACCACAGGUGAGGAGCUGGGGCUCCUUGUGAAGCCGCCGACGGCGAGAGGCUCCUGCGGCUCAGAGCUUCUGUAGCGUGUGUCACAACAGAGGGGAUGUUGCUAAACUCUGCUUCGGUUUCAGACACACAAUCCUCCAGCGAGAUGAGGACGCUUGUUCUGCUGUUUGUUGUGGGCCUGUGCGUGCUGGACGCCGCGUCUUCCCUGAAAAUCUGCGCUUUUAAUGUUCAGAGCUUCGGGGAGUCGAAGGCGAACAACAAGAAGAUCAUGGUGAUUCUGUUAAAGAUCCUCUCUCGGUGUGACGUGAGUCUCAUUCAGGAGGUCAGAGACGCGAAGGGAGCAGCAGUACAAGCGUUGGUGAAGGCUCUUAACAGAUUUGACAAAUCCAACACUUAUUCGUCUGUGGAGAGCGAAAGGCUCGGGAGGAAAUCCUACAAAGAACAAUAUGUCUACGUCUACAGGAACAACCUGCUGAAGGUCAAAGAUCAUUAUCAGUAUCCUAAACUGGAGGGAGCGGGCGCCAACGACUCCGAUGUUUUCUCCAGAGAGCCUUUCAUCGUCCGCUUCCACUCCCCCACGACGCUGGUGAAGGACUUCGUCCUGAUCGGGCAGCACACCAGUCCAAAGACCGCCAUGAAGGAGAUCGACGAACUGUACACGGUCUUCAGAGGGGUCUGCAAGAAGUGGAAGACUGACAACGUGAUGAUCCUAGGGGACCUCAACGCCGGCUGCAGCUACGUCAGCGCCAGGGGCUGGAGAGCGGUGCGCCUGAGGAGCGACCCCCACUUCCACUGGCUGAUCGGGGACGAGCAGGACACGACGGUGCGCGAGAGGACGCGCUGCUCCUACGACAGGAUCAUCGCUCACGGCCGCCACCUCGUCUCCGGCCUGGUGGCAGGUUCGGCCCGGCCCUUCAACUUUAAGGAGGAGUUCCGUCUCAGCGAGGAGGAGGUAACGGCGAGAACGCGCUUCAUGGUCGGUUUCGGGCCGAUGGACGUUAACCUGUGUGCGUUCGUUUGGUGCAUAUUAGGCCCUGGAGGUGAGCGAUCAUUUCCCUGUAGAGGUGGACCUGAAGCCCAGCCACCGCUACCUCCUCCGCCACGAGCUGUAGGCGCUCAGCACAAACCAGCCGCCUCCUGUGUACAGUCGUAGCUUCUGUCCCAAUGAAUAAAAGCCUCCAUCAGA